AUGGACUACGUCGGUAGCACGGUGUCGUGGAACGGCCACGUACCGGAUCCCGACACCUCGAACCAGCUGCUGAUCCGCGACUUUCCACACCGCGCCAUCGCCAUUGUCUCACAGACACACGCCCUCAUCUUCCGCCACAGCGGCGCUGGAAGCGAAUCACAAAAUGGCAGCAGCAGCAACGUCAACAGCGGGAGCGGAAAUGGAAGCGGACACGGCGGCGGCAGCGCCAAGUGCAUGGUCGAGUUCUCUCCCAUCUCCAAGGGCUUGCUGAGCGACUACCGAUCGCUGACACCGAGGCCCGUCUACGGCACGUUGGGGCUGAUUGCUGUCAACCAGGACGUUUUUCUGAGCGUCAUCACACAGGCACUGCGUGUGGCCACGCUGCGGCCGGGCGAGACCGUCGAGAUGAUCCAGCAGGUGCAGUUCUUCUGCCUCAACACCAACGAGUACGACGACGUUCUGUCGGCCGCCAUCGACCCGUGGGAUCCGGAUGGCGACGCGGCGUCCGUCUACUCGCAAGGGCUCAGCCGCCGCGAUGUGCCUGUCGAGCACCCGUGCCAAGAGCUCAUGAAGCUGCUAGGCAACCGCAGCUUUUACUACAGCACCGACUUUGACAUGACCAACCGGCUCCAGGACCGGUCCGCCGACGCCUCGUCGUUUGACAUUGACAACUUUGACGAGUCGUUUCUGUGGAACUCGUUUAUGAUCCAGCCACUCGUCCAGUUCCGCGCGCGGCUGCAGCCGCACGAGCGCAGGAUGCUCGACGCAUCGCGCAUUCUCACAUCGGCCGUGCGCGGCUUCUGCUUGACCGUCACCAUCCCGCAGUCUGUGGCGCCGCUGCGCACCACCCAGUCCGGCAUGCCGUCGUACCUCACCGUCAUCUCGCGGCUGUCGUGCCGACGUGCCGGCACGCGCUUCAACGCGCGCGGCAUCGACGACGACGGCAACGUGGCCAACUUUGUCGAGACUGAAACCAUCUACUGGAGCCCCAGUGGCGUCGUCUUCUCGUACGUGCAGGUGCGCGGCUCAGUGCCCGUGUUCUGGGAGCAGUCGCCUGGCCUCAUCCCCGGCAACCAGAAGAUCAUCGUGACACGGUCACCCGACGGUGCGCAGCCGGCCUUUGACAAGCACUUUGACGACCUGGAGACGUCGUACGGCGCCGUGCACGUCAUCAACCUCCUGAGCGAGGCCAAGCCUGGCGAGGCCGAGCUGAGCCAGUGCUACCGCUAUGGUCUGCGGCACACCCCCCUGGGCCAGAAAAGCGGCGACAAGGGGAGCUCGUCCGACCAUGCACUGAUCCGGUCCACCGAGUACGACUUUCACGCCGAGACAAGGGGCCCGACGGGCUACGAAGCGGCGCAGGAGAUCCGGCACUACAUUCGUGACUCUGCCAACGGCUUUGCCUACUACCUGGCCAUGGAGGCGGCCGACGCACGGAACAGCGGCACCAACGGGCGCAAGGCGAGCACCGCAAGCGCACGCCGCCGGUUUGUUGUUGCGCUGCAGCAGGAGGGCGUGUUUCGCACAAACUGCCUCGAUUGCCUGGACCGCACCAACCUGAUCCAGACCAUCAUCUCGCAGAUGGCGGUCGAGACGUUUUUGAAGCAGCGCAACGAGUCGGCGGGCCCCGACUUUUGGAUGCGGCACUCGAACCUGUGGGCCGACAACGGCGACGCGCUGUCCAAAAUCUAUGCCGGUACGGGCGCGCUCAAGUCGUCGUUUACACGGCACGGCAAGAUGUCGCUGGCCGGCGCGAUUGCGGACGCGCGGAAGUCGGCGACGCGGCUGUACAUCAACAACUUUGCCGACAAGGGCCGGCAAAACACAAUCGACAUGCUCCUCGGCCGGUUGUACGGCCAGGCGCCGGUCAUUCUCUUCGACCCGAUCAGUGACUAUGUCACGCUCGAGCUCAACAAGCGCGCGGCCACCUUUUCGUCGUCCGAGGUGAUUAAAAUAUGGGUUGGCACGUUUAACCUCAACGGUCGCCUUGAUGGUUUGCACGAGGAUCUGUCGCCGUGGCUCUUUCCAGUCGCGGUGCAGUCGGCCGAGCAGCUGCCCGAGAUUGUGGCGAUUGGGUUCCAGGAGAUUGUGGAGCUGAGUCCGCAGCAGAUUAUGAACAGCGACCCGACCCGCAAGCAGCAGUGGGAGGUUCUCGUGCUCAACACGCUCAACAAGCAGGCUGCCGCCCUGGGCGGCGAGCCGUACGUGCUGCUGCGCAGCGGCCAGCUGGUCGGCGCGGCGCUGUGCAUCUUUGUCACGUCGUCGUCGCUCGCCAAGAUCAAGAACGUCGAGGGCAGCGUCAAGAAGACGGGCAUGUCGGGCAUGGCGGGCAACAAGGGCGCCGUCGGCAUCCGGCUGGACUACGCCAACACGGCCAUAUGCUUUGUGACGGCGCACCUGGCAGCCGGGUUUGCCAACUACGAAGAGCGCAACCGGGACUAUCUCACGAUCCACCACGGCCUGCGGUUCCAGCGCAACCGCGGCAUUGACGACCACGAUGCCGUCCUGUGGUUUGGCGACUUCAACUACCGCAUCGGCCUGGGCCGUGAGCGCACGCUGGACCUUGUGCGCGCGCACAACCUCGAGACGCUCUACGAAAACGACCAGCUCAACCUGCAGAUGGUGGCCGGCCUGGCGUUCCCGUACUACUCGGAGGCGCGCAUCACGUUCCUGCCGACGUAUCGGUUUGACAUUGGGCGGGACGACUACGACACGUCGGAAAAGCAGCGGAUCCCCGCGUGGACGGACCGGAUCUUGCGCCGCGGCCAGCAGCUGCGGCAGACCGCAUACAACUCAGCGCCCUUGCGGUUCUCGGACCACCGGCCCGUAUAUGCGCAUUUCCAAUGUACGGUCAACAUUGUGGACGAGGUACGGCGCGACAAGAUCAGCCGCGAGCUGUACGAGCGGCGCAAGGGCGAGGUGGGGGACGCAACGGCCAACACGACGGUCGAGGACACGGACGACGAGGACCUGAUUGGGUACGACGCCAUUGAGCCCGGCCUACCGGCGGCGAGCUCGGACCGGCAAAAGUGGUGGCUGGACAAUGGACGGAUGGCCCAGGCGCGCGUGCAGCCGCCGCCGCCGGCCAACCCCGCGACACACACGGCCAUUCUGAACCCGAAGCGGCCGGCCAAUCCGUUUGCGCCGACCGACGAGCCAGACUGGGUGGCGGUCCCACGUGCGGAGUCGCAACUGUCGUCGUUUUCGAGCCUGUCGACGUCGCCGUACGAGCACAUCAACCACUCGACGGUGUUGUCGUCGUCGGCCAACAGCCAAAAUGGAAGCGGUGGUACGACGGGUGGGACGGCCGGCCUGGCGGCGUCGAGGAAGGGUGGGCAGCCCAUGGGCCAGAGCUUGUCGUCGCAGUUCUACCGGCAAGAGACAACGACGACGACGGCGCCGCCGCCGCCACCACCGCCGAGACGAGGGGGAGCCGGCACCGGCGACAGCAACGAUGCGACGUCGGUGGCCAGUAAGAAAUCGGCCUCGACCACGUCGUUCGCAUCGACGUUCCCAGGGCCGCCACCGCCACCAAACGCGCGGGUGCCGCCGACGGUCAGUGGCGUCACCAAAGCGCUGGACGAGCUGCGAGCCUCGUCUUCGUCCUCGCCGUCGUCCUUUUCCAACGCCAGUGACCGCCACGGCGGCCCGCCCGUGCCUCCAAGGCAGAUGCCGACCAAGGUGAACACCACGUUCCCUCCACCGCCAACAAAUGCCAUGCCGCCCCGACCGGCGUCGGUUGCCUCGAGCACAUCGGUGUCUGCCUCCGGAACAGGAGCAGGAACCGCCCUCUCGGCCAAGGGUAAACCCGUGCCACCCGUCGCCAAGAAACCGGCGCACUUAGCAUCCGCACCGUCCACGACACCGUCUCCGACAUCGAGCCGCGUCGGGUUGGCAUCCGAGGAUGGCGCCGGUCGCGGGACGCCACCUCCCAAACCGCCUCGGCGACGCACCGAGGCGGCACUGCCUGCAACCACUGACGCACCGCCGAAAUUGCCGGCGCGCACCCCGACAGUCGCGAGCCACAGCCACCCACUGCCGACACCGACGGCAUCCGCAAAGGCACGGUCCAGCAAUGUUGAUCUGCUGGGCGACGACGAGGCGGGCACCAGUCUGUCCCGAUACCAACCCCUGCAGCCGUCAUGA